UCCAACUAAUUCUGUGGUGAAACCAUAGUCAAACCCUGUAAAGCUCCCUGCAAACACCCAUGGAUUAAGUAUCCCAGAUACCUAUUCAAGUCCAUCUCAGAGACCUCUAUAACUCAAACAAUGUCCCCUGCAGACCCUGGAACUCCCUUAAAAUUCCCCCAGGAAUCCCCAAAACCCUCCUGCAGUACCCUUAAACCUCCUCAAGCACCCUAUCAGAACCUCCUAAAAGAAACCCUGGAGAACUUCCUCUGAAUAUGUUCUCCCAUAUCAGAAACCACUUUACUGCGGGACUGAUUGAUUUUUCCCCUUUAUAGUCCUCUGGAUGCUUUCAAUGCUAUAUGGGAUAAACUGAUUUUAUAAUAGCAAAUCUCACAAGAAUUGCAUCCAACGCCAGCGUCUCUGAGUUUUAGUUCUAUUACAACUUUUUAAUCCUUUAAACAUAAAAGAAAAAACACUAAAAAAAAGUAAUGUUUGAGGUUUGCCAGAACAGCUAUUAAUAGGCUAUUAAUAUUUAUUUAUCUUAAAUUAGGUUUUAUGUUCAAAAUCUUAAUGUCCAUCAAUUUUAUCAACGUCAUCAGCUUUUUUUUUUUAAAUAGCACUUAAAUGCACUGACCGGCCCACAUGGAAAGCUCACGUCGGAGCUUCGCAGCAGUCCUUAAACGCAGCAUCGGUGCGCUCUGGUGAAGCCUCUCGCUCCCACAGCAGACGGAUGAGAUGGAAACACUGUGGAGACAGCAACAGUACAGCAUCCUUAAGCGUUCAGGUGACCAUCACAAGUGUUUACUUCUCACACAUGCUGAACUCACUUCAAACGACUUGGAUGCACUGAACAGACUGAGCUGCAUAAAACAGUGAAUUUUGAACAAAAGAUAAUUUUGAAUUUUUUUGUCAGUGAAGCAUCAGCACAGCGUUUAUAAACUGCUUAAAGGAUUUUUUUCGGGCUCUUCGGGAUGUUUUCCACGGCUCUCCUCUUUGCAGCGCUCGGCGUUUUGGCGCAUCUGGACACUUUUACGCACGGCUGCCAGCUGCCCUCCGAGUGGCGGCCGCUGAGCGAGGGCUGCCGGGCGGAGCUGGCGGAGAUCAUCGUGUACGCCCGGGUCCUGGCGAUCCACCGCGAGCCCCUGGGUGGCGGGGCGGGCAGCCUGUAUAACUCGCUGCCCUUCGGGUUCGGGUACGGGUACGAGGGCGCCGAGGAAGGGCUGCUGUACUCUGCGGAGGUGGAACUGCAGUGCGAUCAGGCCUGGGGAAGCAUGCUGGAGGUGCCAGCAGGAUCCAGGCUCAAUCUAACCGGACUGGGUUACCUGUCCUGCCAGUCCCACACCGUGAUGGAGAACUAUUCCUACUUCUUCUUCCUCAGGAUGGAUGAGAACUACAACCUCCUCCCCCAUGGCGUCAACUUCCAGGACGCCAUCUUCCCUGACACGGCUGAGAUCAGACGCACUUUCUCCAGCCUCUUCCAGUUCUCCAACUGCACCCAAGGGAGCCAGCCGUUCCACACUUUCAGCCCCGAGUGGGACACUCAGGAGGACAGCAGGCUGCUGUGUUCUUCAGUGCAGGCGGCGCUGUUCGAGGAGGAGGAACGAGGCCGCAAGCUGCGGGAGCGCCUGACCGCGGCGGAAAGGAGAAACCGGCAGCUGAAGGAACGCGUUCGCAAGGUGAAGCGUUCCCUGAGGAACGCCCGCAAGGCCACGCGCAAGGCCGAGCAGGAGGCGCAGGAGCUGCGAGAGAAGCUGAAGGCUGCAGAGCGCAGAGCGGGGCAUCACAUCAACGCCAUAACGCAGGAGGAGCCUCCACCCGCGCGUUACACGAGCAAAGCAAUACGCAAGCGCAUGCAACUUUAACUAAUCUCAUCCACCCUCAACCUGCCAACCACCUGGACAGAAAGCUGGCUGUGGAGAGUGAGAGACUGCUGGGCGGUCUCUAUGCAAGGGACAAACAAAUAUCAACUGCCACAUAUAUGAGUAAACACUCUGUUAAAGUAUCAAUCUAUAUAGUUUUCUUGUAAAUAAACUACAGUACUCUUUCUCUCUUCUGCACCCCUGAUAGCUAUAACACAACAUUGAGGGUCAGGAUAAUUCCUGGUCAUCUGACAAAAGAACAAAACAGGUUUCCUGAAAGAGAAUCAAACAUUUAUUUUCCUCAAUGAUUCCCCUUGCAGGUGGAGCAGUGCUUUAGCUCUGCUGCCUUCUACAACUGGAUUCAGACCAAAGACUACAAUUGAGACAGACAGCUGCUGCUCACUGCUCUUCUCAAGCCGUGAUCGCAUACAGCAGGAUAGAGUGUUUCUCUGCUCCAACACAAAGCAUGGCAGGAGCUUAAUGGUGUAAAGAGUGGCGUGUUAUUGUGGUUGCCAUUUGGCUGUAUGAUUGAGUAAAGAAAUAAACAAUAGCUCUGCUUAUGCUGGUGCAAGACGAUAAGAGCUAAGAAUUUAGUUAAAGGGACACGUCAUCUAUUUAAGAUGUGAAGGACAAUUUACUAGUCACAGGGAGUAUUACUCAGCAUGUGAAACCAGUAAUAUAAUGUCUUCUGUGGCUCUGGAGAAGCUGUGCCGAGUCUCAGAAAUGUACUCAUCUGGGUUUUCUCAGACUUCAAAUUUUUAACAUAAAGCCUGAACCGGGGACGUUGAGUUUGAAAGAUGUCGGUGUUUACCAGGCAGGGAUGUUCUGACGAAAGAUGCUAUUGAGUUGCAUUCUGGGAAGUGUAGGAUAUUAGGAUAGGUGUUUGGAGGUUGAUCCAAGCCAGGGACAAAAAAUCAAGAUAUCUUGACCUCUGGUGAUUCAAUUUUGACCAUUCUUUUUUUUAUAUCUGGUUCUUGCAAGUUGCCUAACAUUAUGGAAGUGACAUAUUCAUUGGGAUACCCCUUUAAACAGCCCUUUAAAGGUGUACUCCAGCGAUUUAGAAUGUCACUUUCAUAAAGUUAGGGUUAUUGUGAGAGACAGAUUAAAAAAACAAUAGUCAAAAUCGAAGCAGCAGCAGCGGUGGAGAUAUCUUGAUUUUUAGUCCUUACUAUGAGUUACACUCCAAACAACCCAAUCCUACACUUCCCAUAAUGCAACUUGGUACCCUUCCCACCUGGAAAAUUCCCAUAUUUUUUCAAACUUGACCAACCUCAGUUUUUAACACAAGCUUUCUGUUUUAAAUUUGAAGUCUCAAGCCGAUAACUACAAUGACAUCACAAUUUUUUUUCAGACUUUCAGACAAACUGAAUUUACCGAUUACACUACAGAAGUAAUAUUCAAAUUGUAGUGCUGUUUUUUAAUCUUUAUUUUUUUUUCCGCUUUUUUACACAUAGCGUAUGACAAUAUUCUGCAACCAAACAAUGAAAACUCCUAAAAAAAGAUACUUUUUUUCUGACCACAGCCUAAUGGAACAAUAAUAAGAGACAUUACAUUUAAUUUUAACAAUGCUGUGAUUAAUCAACUUUUCUUUCAAAUGACAGUUUGAGCAGAGAGCAGGGUGACUGAGAUUCUGGGAUGUUUGAGAAGAGAAAGUUCAUUUAUUAGACUGUUGUUGCCACAGUGAUGAUGAAACAUCAGCUUGUAUGUGAAUGUUUUUGUAUGAAUGUUUUUCUGCAUAUAAAAUUGAAUUUGGAUAAACA